AUGACACCUCGGCUGAAAAAUUUGACAUCCAGGGAUCGGACCCAGCUGAUUAGGGUGUAUCCAGUGAUCCACUGCGAAUCCACCGGAACGGGCUUCGCCGAUUUAAGCCCGACUCGCCGACAUUCACAACCCACGGGACGGCCGUCUGUGGCUUGUGAUCAGAUCAAGCUCGGUUAUGAAUCUCCACUAUGCAUUGAGGCCCCAAAGUGGAAUGGCGAGAACCAAGCCCUAGGGGAGGAAUUUCCCCAACCAGCGUCGGAAUUCGCUAACUCCGAAGUCAUUCCAACGUCAGACUGGCAUGUAUCCCAGUCGAUGAAGGGCUUCGUUCGCCUCUCGCGAGUACCUUACAGAGAGUACUUUAUCUUUUGA